AUGGGUAGCAAACCUGAUUUUGAUCACAUGAUGAGUUCUUCCAUCUUUCUUCUGUACUGCCUUCUCACAUUCUCUUUGUAUUCCAUCUCCCAAAACACAAGCCACAGUUAUUCUCUAGACUUUACACCAUCGAGGAAAUUAAGCAUGUCAUCCCCUGGCCAUGACCACAAAUUUCAUGAAACUCAGGUAGCAGAUGAGAGAAUGGAAAGUGCCCCUACCAAUGCAGAUUUCACAGCACUAGAAAUUACCAGCAACAGUUACAGUCCUCAUGAUCUUAUCUAUCAUACAGAUUACCAUGGGGUAACUACUCAUCCAACUCCUAAACAUCCAAAACCAUAG